AUGAACGCCGCGUCACAGGGUGAAAAGGCCCUUGCCGAUUCGAAUGCUCCUCUCGCGAUUCAACACUUUACCCGUGCCCUGACUGAGCUGCCCCGCGCCCCAAAAUACUACAUCCACCGCUCUACCGCCUACUCACGUCUGAAGCCCGCCGAUGGUGGCCCCAACCGCGUUGCUGCACUGCGCGAUGCCGAGAUCGCAGUUUUUCUCGCCCGUGAGCGUGGUAAUCGGGAGCUUAUUCUGUCCGCCCAGAUGCGACGGGGCAUAAUCCUGUUCCAGUUGGAGCGGUACGGUGAUGCCCACUUCAUCUUUGAGAAAAUCGAAGCCAAGGCAGGCACAGGCCAGCCCGUUGACAAAUCCGAGGGACUCAAAAACGCGAUGGCCGGUGGAUGGACCAAAAAAGACGGAUAUAGUGCUGAGUUGCCUAUUUGGAUGGCGAAGGUUCGCCGCAAGCUGAGUGAGCUGAGUGAAGCCGAGAGUAAUGAGAAGAUCGCGGUUACGGUUCUUGAGUAUCCCGAUGUUCGCGUUCCAACUGAGAAGGAAUUGAAGGCCGAAUGGGAGAGACUCAAGUCUGGGAAAUCGGUUACUGAGGGGUCUUCGCCUGUCCAGCCUGCUGCUGGGGUUGCAACUUCGCCUGCGGAGUCCAAGGUGGAUGUCGCAGAGCAAAAGUCGACCUCUACUCCAGUUGUUUCGGAGAAGGUCCGCCAUGAAUGGUACCAAUCAACUACUUCAGUUGUCGUAACACUUUAUGUGAAGAAUGUACCCAAGGACCAAGUCCAGACUGAGCUGAAUGAUGACUCGGUAUCUCUUGAAUUCCCUCUUCCGUCUGGCUCUGCAUACGAUUUUACCCUUGAUCCCCUCUACGCACCAAUUAACACAUCGACCUCGAAAGUCACUGUCAUGGGCACAAAAAUCGAAAUCGUUCUGGAGAAGAAAACCCCGGGCCAAAAGUGGAGUGCCCUUGAAGCACUUGCUGGCGCCGCAAAAAUCUCAGACCGACCCUCGGCAUCCACUGCGCCGCCGGCUUCUGCGCCUGCCUAUCCGACCUCAUCUCGCCAUGGUACAAAGGACUGGGACAAGGUUGCAACAUCACUUACCGCCAAGAAGCCUAAGGAGAAUAAACCAAAAGGUGAGGAGAAAAAGGGCAGUGGUGAUGACUCUGAUGCUGAAUCUGUCGACUCGGAAUUCGGUGGUGAUGCCGUGGAUGGGUUCUUUAAGAAGCUCUAUGCUGGUGCUGAUCCGGACACUCGUCGUGCUAUGAUGAAGAGCUACGUCGAGAGUAACGGUACAUCGUUGAGCACCAACUGGAAUGAGGUUGGUACCAAGACGAUGGAACCCCAUCCUCCGAAAUAA